AUGUCGAAUAAGCCUGCGCUUAAUUUCGAUAAGUCAACAGUCGAGAAGACUGAUGGUUCUCAACAGCGAUUCUCAUGUUAUUCAAUCAUGCACUAUUUCGCUUCGGAUUUCGGUUUAUUUGUUAUUACCGUUGCUUAUGCUGUUGGUGGAGCUUAUCUCUUCAUUUAUCUAGAACAAUAUAUUGAAUUACAAAAUUGUCAACUAGCUAGUUUGGAAGAAAGUAUUGAAGUAACAGAUCUAUCCGAAGAAAUAUACGAUUAUGUUAUUUCAUCAACUGACAAUAUAACAGAAAUCUAUCAAGGAGUUGUUGACUAUUUAGACAACUUUACAAGUGAUAUUUAUGAUCGUAAAAGUACUUAUAAUUAUGUAGGACAAGAUUGUCCAACUGCAUCAGGAUGGAUAUAUUCAUCGGCAUUACUUUUUACAAUCAAUGUGAUUACAACAAUUGGUUUUGGGCAAGUAACACCGGUGUCAUGGGAAGGACGAAUCACAUGUAUUUGUUAUGCAGUAAUUGGCAUUCCGAUAUUUCUUAUUUGCUUGACAAGAAUAAGCGCUGCGAUGUGUACCAUUUUUCAUUUUAUGUAUUCGGGACUUCUUCGUUGUGUUUGUUGCUAUUGCCGUAUUCGUUCUCGUCGGAAUAAGAAUCAUUCGAAGAGUUCAGAAAAUUCGUCUAAUAAAUAUGGCGUGGAUCAUGUUGGCACGACAUCGAUGGAUCCAAGUUGGCCAGAAGCAUAUGAACAAUCAAAUAACCACCUUGACGAUGAUAAUGAUUAUUUCGAUGAAGAAUUUGAAGAUUCUUGGAAUCGGAUUAGAAGUCGAGUGCCAGCCGUAGUAGGUUUUUCAAUUAUUGUUGGCUAUCUUUAUUUGGGAGCAUUUAUGUUUCAUAAUACGGAAGGUUGGACAAUGACUACAUCGAUUUAUUUCUGUUAUAUUGCAUUAUCUACAAUUGGAUUUGGUGAUUAUGUACCAGGAAUGACACCAGGCCCAACCGAAAGCUACCGUUUUAUGGCAGCGUCUGUGUAUAUAGUUAUUGGCUUAGCGAUAUUGGGAAUGUCGUUUGAUUUAAUCAAAGAUAGUAUUGUUGAUCAAUUCGCUUGGUGUUCAAAGAAAUUUGGUGCUGUCACUCUAGAGAAUGAUCAAGUCGAUGACGAUCAUGCGCAAUAUGCUCGUUUUCAAUAUGCAACAGAUGAAAGGAACGACGAUUGGCCACCUGCUUGUAAUGAUACAUCAACUGGUGAACAAUGGUUAUCUGAUAUCAAAGAUAAAGUUGAAUCAAAUAAUGAAUUCUCUAAUUCAACAAAAAAAUAUAAUAAAUAUGAUAAACAUGCAACUGAUUAUUAA